CAUUUCGGCCGUCGCUUCGUCACUGGCAAGUAAUUUGUUGAGGUGUCCCUGGGAAUAGGUCUUCAGCGGUUCUUGCCAUCUCCCGAGCCACUUGUCGAUCGGUCCGCCUGUCGUGCUCCGUACGUUUCGAAGAGAUCGCGCGUUAGUCCCUGUAUCGAUCUGAAUAUUACGUGUGGUCGUUCGUGCACGACGUUCUCUCGGGAUAUUCGCCUAACGGUCGCCGUCGGCGCCGGCCUUGCUGUGCUGUUUACGCGCCGUGUAACUUAUUUUAUUCGAUCAUGCUCGCGCUUGCCAAUUAGAGACGUGAUAUAAGGUACUCUGUGUGCUCCGAGCGCUUAUUCAGGGGUCCACUCGAAUAUUUCAUUGAUUCAAGCAAAGAAGAAAUCUAGAAGACAAAAUGGGCUGCUUUGUUAGCAAGGACAAACUCACUAAGGAAGACAUGGACUUCCUUAAGACUCACACGUCGUACGACGAAACCACCAUCAAGGAGUGGUACAAAGGCUUCAAGCAAGAUUGUCCUAACGGGCGAUUGACGCCGGCGAAAUUCGUCGACAUGUACAAGAUGUUCUUCCCUUCGGGGAAUGCGGUCGAAUUCUGCGACCACGUGUUCCGCACAUUCGACAUGGACAAAAAUGGAUACAUUGACUUCAAGGAAUUCCUGCAGGCGAUUCACGUUACGUCCAGCGGAACCCCAGAAGAAAAGCUUAAGUGGGCUUUCCGCAUGUACGAUGUGGAUGGAAAUGGGGUGAUCGAUAUUCAGGAGAUGACUAAAAUAGUUCAGGCAAUCUAUGACAUGCUGGGCGCCUGUUCAAGUAACAGGCCAGCUGACUCGGCGGAGGAGCGCGCCAAAAACAUCUUCGCUAAGAUGGACGAGAACAACGACGGGCAGCUCACGCAAGAGGAGUUCCUGAAGGGAUGCCUCCAGGAUGAGGAGCUCUCCAAGAUGCUCGCGCCUUAAGCGCGUCCAGUUUCAGUCGUCAGCUCACUUUCACCUAUAUGUUGUGUACACGAUAACCCGACGGCGUCGAUAGUAGCCCCCUAGCUUCUCUACGCCAUUUUGAGACCCAUUCGGCUAUUAUAAUUGGCUUCGCAACGUUUCCUACUAUCGAAGAUGAGCGCCGGCAACUAUUGAUUGGCGACCUCAAUCUUGUCUCAUUACAUGUACGAAAGUUUUAAUAAGGCCGAGUCUACCCCGUCUCGCGCUCCCAUGCCUCGACAGAUCCGCGUUUCUGUGUCGGGGCGGCAAUCAAUACGACUUUAUUUAAACGCAACUUAUUUAAAUUAGUGCCAAUAGGCUUUUACACGUCCAAAUCGAAUGUCUUUCUUUCAAGCUUCCGAAUUUUUGAUAAUUUUGUAGGUAUAGGCGUACUUAAUAUACUUACUUAAAAUAUUAAUUAAAUAAUUUCCUUAACUAGCAUUUGUCGCUGUCGGAUUGUCUAUUCUAUUGUAAGUGUUGUAUCCGAACCAUCCACGAUUAGGCAGUUACUCCCUCAGAAAAGUUUUGUCUGAUAUACAAGUACGUACGAUUAUAUAAUGUACUGCACAAAAUAUAUGUCAAUCUUAAUUUAAUUACUAAUAUAGAUACAUUUAGCUUAGUGUAAACAGAAUCGAUGAGAUUGCGACCAACCAAGUGUCUUAUUGAUCAAUCUUAAAAGGCACUGAUUAACCGUGGAUGCAAUUUUAAGGCAGAUUGUGAAUAAUAGUGAUUCGUGAAGUUCCUAACGGGGAGAUUUGGUAAAGAUCUAUAUACAGAGCGAUGGAUUAUGUCGAUAAAUAUUUGCUUAACACGCCUUUAUGAGAGCUUUGUUUAUUCAUAGCCUGGGCAUAAUUAUCACAUCAAUUAUCGGAAGAAAAAUAACACUGCGCAAAUGCAAUGAACACUUUAAUGGCAUAAUGCUUUUUGUCACAAACAGCCUUAUUAUAAUUUCAAUUGUUUCUCAGACAUAACAGAUGAAUUUAUAUUAAACGACAUUUUGGUAUUAAGGUACUUCACAAAGGAAUUCUAAAUGAUUUGGUCAUCCAGCGAUCUGCCUAACACUACUUUGGCCCACAUUCGAUCUCAUACUAACGAUCUGAUCUAUUCUGUAUUAAUGUAAGGAUAAUUAGUAAUUUACAUUACAUGCAUUAUACAUUCAAUCGAUAUCGGUGUUGUACUUCGUAGAUCGACGUAACUUGUAUAAGGUAUUCUCUAUAUUCUCAUGUAGGCAUUUCCAUUUAUUACUAUCAAUUUCGAAGCUGAAUAACUAAGCUUCUAUUUCUUUAGAAGUUACUCCUUUUCCUUUCCUCUUCCUACUGUGCCUUCUAAUCCAUUUGUAAAUAGUUUGUUCCAUUCAUUUCGUUUCAUUACUCGUCCUAGUUUUAAGUUUUCGUUUUCUGUAAAUUUUGUUCCAAUUCCAUAAGCUCCUUAUUUAACAAAAUUAACACAGAACCAAUAAUUUAGUGUGCCCUAGUCCUUACUUGUAUAGUUUAGAGUAUAUUUUUAUUAAUAAAACUUGUUUUUGUCGAUUGACCUAAACAUGACAUAAUAGCGGUCGAAUCAUUAACAUUAUUUGGAGUGGUUUUCUGUGCACUAUGAAUUUAAAAUCCGAAUCUUUUAAAUAAAUGAAUUACUAUAAAUAAAUUAUAAAAUAAACAAAUAAUAAAUAAUUAAACACAUUUAUACAUGAACAGAGAUGUUUAAUUUUGACUUUGAUAUUAACAUUUGAGUGCAAUAUUUAACGCACAAUGAAUUUUUGUAAGUGAAAGUCAUUUAUUGUAAUUUAUCUAACUAUAGUGUACUGGAAACUAAAUUCAACGAUUUUCUAAAUACAUUCCACAUUUGAUACCAUCUAUUAACGUAGAAUAUAUAAGCUAAAACAAAUUUAGAAACAAACAAUUUUUAUUUUUAUUCAAUAUUAAAUUUAGAAUUUUUAUUAAUAUCUUUAUUGCAUUUAUUCAGUUCAUGUUGAUCAUAAAAUAUUGUUUAUUUAUCAUCUUUAACAUCGCCCUUAUUUAAUAAAUCGUAAAUAAUAAUGAACAAGACUAAUAUCAGUAUUAAAUUAAAUUAACCACUUAAACAUUAAUGUAACGUAUUAAAUACUUUAUUCUUGUUUAGUAAAUGGCUCUUAAAUUUUAUUUUUCCUUAUUUUAUUAUAAGAAUGAUUGGCUGGAAAGACAACGAGUGAUACAAAUCAACCUAAGAAGGGAUCAAAAUAAUCAAUUCGAAUUCUUGUAUAUAGUUAGACAGGGUGUCGUUAAACAUAUCAACAAAAGGAAUUUUCUCAACAAACCCAACCUUAAACCUUGUGUAUGUUUGACAGGAAUAGAUAAGUUUACAAGAAGAUGGUUUAACAACAUUUAAGAAAUUCAAUUAAAAUUAAAAUUACAGAUGUAGCUGAGCAGGUCGCAAUUUGUUUUCCUUUAUUUUGUUAUGAGUAUAAACUAAUUUGGAUAUUAAAUGAUAAUAUAUGAAAUUAAAAGCACAAAUUUAACGUACAUUGAAAGUAAUUGUAGCUCAAUAGAUAUACGUGCUAAAGUAAUAGAGUUAUCUGUCACAAAAAAUCGCACAAAAUUAAAUAUAAACAUUUAGGCAUGUAAUCGAAUGUGGUAUCGACUUUCAUUUUUCAUAUUUGCUUAAAUAUCUCUGUAGUUGUGUAUUAAAUAUACAUAUUAACUACGAACUAAAAUUACUAAAAUAAAAAUGUUUCAAUGACUAAAAGGAAUUGUAUCAAUUUCUUCGACCACUACAUCAUUAAUUGUUUACAUCAAACUGAGAAUAAACUAUCAACUAUUAUUAUUAUUUUCUUUAGGAACAUAGUGCCAUCGAAUUAAUUUAUUAAUUACCAAAGAUCUGUAUCCAUAAUUGUUUUUUUUUUAUUUUUCCAUGUUAUAAUAUUGUUGCAUUAUUGUUUGAACUCCCUUAAGCUAAAGUCAUAUAUUUUAUAUCACUUUUCUAAAUGCUAUUUUAAGAAAAUAAUUAUUUUAUACCAGUCUCUGUCUAUCUGUGUUUUAGCACAACUAACGUACAUUCCUCCUUUUCUAAACUUUUAUAAUAUUCAUGUACGAAUAUAUUUAAUAGCACACUAUUAAUAUCUAACAAUUUUGAUUUGUAUGUAUUAGUUUAUAAGGAAUUAUAAAUUUCUAUUGUAAUAGAAGUUUCAAGCACAAUUCUUUUAUACACCUAUAAUAUUAUUUAUGUAGUACGUGUCAUAGAAUAGGUAUACCGUAAGGUUAAACGUGUACUUCAAAAGUCGCAUUAUUUUAUGUUAAAGGAAUUAUUCUUAUCGAACACAUUCGUAAUAUUGCAUCAUUGAUAAAGAGAACGAACACAUGUUUGGUUCGUCGCAUUUAAAAAUGUUAAGAAUAAUUUUUCAUCUUUUAAUUAAUAAUUAUUAUCUGUCAUUUAUUUAUAAAAUAACAUAUUUCAGUUCAUAGUUUAUUAUCUGUCAAUAUGUAGAAUAUGAUAUUAAUUUAUCAUUGUCACUUAAUUAUUGUGUAUAUUAUUACGAGAAAUUUAUUUACGCGUACAAUUGUAAUUCUUUUAGAAUAACCAAACCAGUGAGUGAGUUGUCAAUUUGUAACACAGAGCUAUUUAUUAAAUUAUUUAUUAGGUGACAAUGGUUCGGUGAAUAUAGCUAAAUGAUGAAACAGUAUAAGACCUUGGAUAUAAAGGCAAUGUUGCUGAAAACAUAGUUAAAAAAGCUUCGUCAUCUAGCUAGAAAUGAGUAUUUAUUCAAUUAUUAUGUAUCUAGUACGAUGUCUUGACAAAACUAUAGGCACAUACUUCCAAUGAAUCUCUAAGUCUGAAACCAGUUUGUUUAAUGAAUCACUCGCGGUGUUGUAGGAUUUUUCUUACGAGCGUCAUUAAUGUAAUAGGCACUUCUAAUAGGUGGAAACUACCAUCGCUCCUCAUCAAUUCUCUAUGUAUUUUUUAAGAAUACAUAUUUUUAAUGAUUCACGUUUUGCCUAUUCAUGUAUAAUAUACAAAUUAUAAAAAUA